AUGAUAGAUAUGACGAUCGACCCACACCCGACGAUCUCGACCCCAGACGCCUUCAUCAACCAUGCCCACUCCCUCAGCUAUUGGAACUCCGUCUCCUCCGACCUAAACGGCAUGCUCGGCGGCUUGCCGGAAACCUCGCGCGUCGACCUCCAAGGCUCCUCCAACUUCCUCACGAAGCUGCGUCGGCGCGGGACCCAGCGCAACACAAAACAGCCGUUACCGCCUUUGCGACGGGUUGCCGAUUGCGGCGCGGGCAUAGGGCGGAUAACGAAGGGGCUUUUGAUGCGGGUGGCGGAGAGGGUGGAUGUCGUGGAGCCGGUAAAGAAGUUCACGGAUGAGUUGGUUGCCUCGCUGGAGGGCGGGACGGAAAUGGAGAAGUUGGGGGAGGUGAUCAAUCUCGGGUUGCAGGAUUGGGUGCCGGAGAAGGGCGCCUAUGAUUUGAUAUGGAAUCAGUGGUGUUUGGGACACUUGACGGACGCACAACUCGUUGCCUAUCUCGAGCGGUGUAAAGAGGGGUUGCGCAAGCCUGGAGCAGAGGCGGCGGGAGACGGAGCUGCGGGGCAGAAGACAACGCCGGGCAGUUGGAUAGUCGUCAAGGAGAAUCUCUCGACAGAUGCUUGGGGCAACGAUAGGUUCGACGAGGUGGACUCGUGCGUCACGCGGUCAGACAAGAAGUAUAGAGCAUUGUUCGAAGCGGCUGGCUUGAGAGUUGUUGCGACAGAGCUGCAAAAGGGAUUCCCGAAGAAACUGUAUCCUGUAAGGCUAUAUGCUCUGAAACCACAGUGA